AUGCCGCAUCAAUCUAGCUACAAACAAGACAAAAUGGCAGACCCAGCAAGGAUAAAACCAGAAAAUAGCCCUGAGAAGAUAUCUACUGCCAUUCCUAAAGACGAGGAGCAUCCAACGUCAAUUCACAAGCAAGAGCAUUUUCAAGACACAGCCAAGUCUGCAGAAGAAAUCAAAGAUCCUCCUACAGAGCAGCCACAGGAAUCGGGUGCUGCUUCUGCUGAAGAUGAGGAUGAAGGCACCUCUGGUCAGCCACCGUCUAAAAGACUCAAGGCAGAGCCAGUGUCAGCCUCAGUGUCCGGGUCAGCUCCUGCUUCAUCAGAUCCUGCUUCUGCUCCAGUCCCAGGCUCCGUCCCUGGAACAGUUCCAGGUCAAGCUCCAGGUUCAGACAAGAAAAAGGAGAAGCGCCACAAAGUAGAUGAGGAUGAGAUUCAGAAGAUGCAGGUUUUGGUUUCGUCCUUUUCUGAGGAACAACUCAAUCGCUAUGAAAUGUACAGACGAUCAGCCUUCCCCAAAGCUGCCAUUAAGAGGCUCAUUCAGUCCAUAACAGGGUCGUCUGUAUCCCAGAAUGUUGUCAUUGCCAUGUCCGGUAUAGCCAAGGUUUUUGCUGGGGAAAUAGUUGAAGAAGCUUUAGACGUAUGUGAGAAGUGGGGAGACACUCCGCCGCUUCAGCCCAAACACAUGAGGGAGGCACUGAUUCUCAUCGUUGCCAGUUUCUCUGAUAAUCUGGGGUCAGCCUGA